AUGUCGCGAUGUGCAAAACGAAUCAAGCUUGAGCAAGACUCAAGUUCGAAUAAUUGUCGUGGCGAGGUCACAGAAUCUUUGUACUCAGGACAAUUUAUGACAUCAAGAAUCGAUGAUAAUGAAUCAAUCGAUAUUCCAUGUCCAUCACCAAUACCAAACCCAAAUGAACCAUUAACAUCCCAAGGUUUGCCCAUAGUUAAUGAUACAGCUCAAGGUGAAACAGAACGUCAUACUGAAUUUAACGGCCGAUUUGCUAGUCUUGUUUCUCUGUUGAGCGUUAUUAAUAGUGUCUAUAGAUCUAAUUUAACAUCGCCGAAAUGGAAAAAUUUCCGUGGCUCCCGUAUUGAAUGCCAAGAUAAAAUACGUUUAAAUAAUGUCAUUUGGAGAACAUGGCAUCAACAAUAUAUUCGAAAAAUAAAAUCACUUGUUUGCCAAUUUGCUUCCCCACUAGAUUCCCAAGUAUCCACGACUCAAAUAAAUCAUCAAUUGAAACAACAAAUUAUCAAUGGUUUAAAAGGAGAAUAUAUUAAAUGGAGAUUAAACUCUAAAACAGCUUUACGUCGAGUAGAAAUUGAUAUCUCAAGCGAUGAAAUAAAACGACUUUUGGGUAAUAUCAGUGAAAUUCGUACACCAAAAAUCAAUCCAAAUUUGCGACGCGUCGCAACACCACAACCAGACACAUUUGCUUUAUUUGAUGAACUUGAUUUAAUUGAAGAUCAAUUACUCUUUUCAACAACAAAUACAUUCAAUGAUAAAGACGCAGCACUUGGGGGUAAUCCAGAUUUGUAUCAGCCUGUAAUGGGACAAUAUUAUUUUGAUUUUCAUACACUUUUCGAUGGAUUUGAUUCAGGAUUAACAAAUGAUGAUUUUAGUAUGCGAUGCAAUAACGAUUCCUUAUCAGGAUUAAAUCAUUUUCAAAAUCAAUCAGAUUUCACAUUGGAUGGACCACCACAAUCACAGCAAGAUUUAAGUAAUUUUCAAACAUUGGUUUCUGUUGCGAUGGAACGACCACGUUUAACCAUUGAGCAACAAAACAGUAUUUUAAACCAAAAUAAUUCCAAUAAUAAUGUUCAGAUACAUCCUAAUAGUAUGAAUUCAAUCACGAUGUAUAAUAAUAUACACUAUCAACCAGUACCACCACAACAAUCAUUCCAUUCUUAUACACAAAAUGCGUCUAAGCCAAUGAAAUAUAACAAUAAAUUGAAUGCCAAUAAUAUUGAAGAGAUGAUGCCUAUUACUAAUAUAUCUAUAGCGCCGUCAACUAAUAUUAUCAUGAAUAAUUCACAGGCAGCUAUAUCCCAAAAAUCUACUGACAUGAGACGGCAACAUUCUGAUCUAUCGGUUUGCAAACCACAACAAUCGUCAACUCUUGUUGAUCUUCUAAAGCAGAGACGAAGUCCACCACUAGCAAUGCCACCAGCAAGAAAACCUAGUCAACAAAAGCAAACCUCAGCUGUAAAACAAAAAAAAACAUUGAGUAAAAAGUCACAAAUACAAAUAAAACAAUUAUCAAUGAAUAAUGAUAAUAAUCAAAUUGGAAAUCUAACCAAUCCAAAAGAAGUCACUUUGAAUGCUCCCUCAAAUAGAAGAAAUACAAUGCAGACCAGUAUGUCUCGUGUAACUUCCGAAGAAACACCCUUAAAUUUUCCACAGCAACAAUAUUCUACUUCAUCUUCUUCACUAUCAAACAAUCAGAAUGGACCCGCAUCAAACGACAUUAUCUUUUUCAAUGGAGAUAUGGCACACGAUUCAUCGCCAUCGUCAUCUUCAAGUGGUGGACAAAAUGCGGAGACGAAACGGCGUCGAAAUAUAAAAAAUGGUUUUGAAAAUAUCCGUUAUCUCAUUCCAGAAUUAAGCGAUGCAACAAAUGCGAAAAUAAGCAAAGCACAAAUGCUUGAAUGCACUGCAAAUCAAAUUCAGGUAGCUGCAAAAAUGCGUGACAACAUGAAAGCAGAAGUUGAUCUACUGCAACAAGAAGAACAACAGUUACAACAAAAAAUUUCACAGUAUCAAGCAAGUUUACCUGUCGAUGGUAUACCUACUAUGCCAACAGCAAGUCGAUCACGCGAAACACUCAAUGCACUAUUUCGUGCAUAUGUUGCCGAUCGUACAAGAAAAAACUGGCAUUUUUAUCCAUAUUCACUGGUAUUAAAGCGUAUAUUCGAUGCGUUUCAAAACACAGUCACAUGCGAGUCGCAGGACGAAUUUCAGCGUUCAUUAAAUGAAUGGAGAGCAAAUUCAAUGGCGCUUGUACAACUACGUCAAGCUGCUUCGCAAGCUGUCAUGGAUAUGGGACGAAACACUUCUUUUCUUUCAUCACCUGAACAAGUACCUGAAGAAUGCGUACGUUUGGCACUUAGUGAUACCUAG